GUAGUACCGAUCCACACGAGAUUUUCAAUCUACUUUUCCCCUAAGCCUCACUUUAAGGCUCUCACACUCAGCUUCAAAAAGCAGGCAACCUUCCUUCCUUCUAUCUCCUCAGUUCAGAAUCUCUGUGUGUAUGUAGUUUCACCAUACUCUUUUGGGGCCCAAUAAUUUCAAAGUUUGAACCUUGAUUUCUGCAUACAACUCUCUCUCUCUCUCUCUCUCUCUCUCUCUCUCUGUGCAGCUGGGUUUAAUUUUUCAUGGAGAAUUCAAUUCUUGGCAUCCCAACACUUCCAGCCUUCUUCUCCAUAUUUCUGCUCGUCUAUCUCUUUGCUUAUUUUGUGGUUUUCCGCAACUGGGGUCCAAAACACAGACCAGAAGCUUCAAGCUGCCUAAUCUCUCUAGCUCAUGGCCCCACAGCAGCCAUUAUGUCCAUCUACUCAGUCCUCCACAGCCACAAAGCCCCCACCUUUGCCUCCCCCAACGACACUUUCCAAAACACCAUACUUGAAUUCAGCAUAGCUUACUUCUUCCUUGACCUCCUUCACUAUUUACUCUUCUUCCCCAGUGAUGUCCUGUUCAUCCUCCACCAUUUAGCCACACUAUACGUGUUUACGACUUGUCGUUUCGUGGUUCAUCAUGGGGCCUACGCUAUCCUCGUGCUUCUCUUUCUUGCUGAGAUUACAAGUGGCUGCCAGAACGUUUGGACCCUUGCAAGUUAUCGCAGGGCUGAUUCACCUGCUGCUGCCAAAUUGUACGACUUCUUGUCUCCUCGGUUUUAUGUUUUUUACAGUGUUUUCAGAGGGUUUCUUGGACCGCUGUUCAUGUUCAAGUUGGGGUUGUUUUAUGCAAGCGGGGCAGCUGACUCCAAAAUUCCCAGAUGGGCAUGGGUUUCUUGGAUGGUUGUGAUUUUAAUUGCCAUCGGCCUUAGCAUAUUGUGGGUUUUGAAUCUUUGGAUCCAUUGGUACAGAAACAAAGUGCAGAAGAAAGAGAGGUAGAACAAGUGUGAUGCCUCUUCUUUUCUUUUUUAACCUUUUUUUUUUUUUUGUUAAAUUAUAAAUGGGGUUGUAUAAUGUUCAUAUUUCCAAGAUAAGAUUCAUGUAUGUCUUUGUAUUAUCACUCAUGUAACCAUUAGAUAGGCUGGUGUCUUCUUCA